CCCCGGCUCCACGCGGUUCCAGUGGCGCACAGCUUCCAGCUCCACGGGCCUGCCAGCCAUGAACGAGCCGCCGGCGGACGUGCGCGCCUUCCUGCGCCAGCACCCGAGCCUGCGGCUGGAGCCCGGCGCCAGCAAGGUGAGGUGCGCGCUGACGGGCCACGAACUGCCUUGUCGCCUGCCCGAGCUCCGAGUCUACACCAGCGGCAAGAAGUACCGGCGGCUGGUCCGCGCCUCGCCGGCCUUUGACUACGCAGAGUUCGAGCCGCACAUCGUGCCCAGCACCAAGAACCCGCACCAGUUGUUCUGCAAACUCACCCUGCGGCACAUCAACAGGUCCCCAGAGCACGUACUGCGGCAUACGCAGGGCCGGCGAUACCAGAAAGCUCUGCAUAACUAUGAAGAGUGUCAGAAGCAGGGUGUGGAGUAUGUGCCCGCCUGCCUCCUGCACAAGAGGAAGAGGAAGGAAGACCAGAGGGACGGUGAUGGGCCGCUUCGCCCCAGGGAAGCCUUCUGGGAACCCGAGUCCAGCGAUGAUGACAGCGCAGCCCCGAGUGACAGCGACACCAGCAUGACAGACCUGUACCCACCCGAGCUGUUCACAAAGAAGGACCUGGGGCAGAGCGAGCACAGGGACAGCCCCGAUGACUUUCUGAUACAUGAGGACAGGAAGCCAACGCGUCCAAGAGAACAGGGCCCUGGCGACAGAGAGGAGAUGGAAGGAGACCGGGAGCUGACCCUCAAGCGCGGCACGAAGCAGUUGGGCUCACCAAAGAAGAGGUUCAAAAGUCAUCACCGCAAACCUAAGUGCUUCAGGUCUUUUAAGCAGGCGGGUUAAUAAACAGUUGCUGGAGAAAAACAUCUUGAAAGCCUUUCGAGUCCUUCAGGCACGUCAUCUCGUGUCUGGCUGUCCCUGUGUGUCCUCCUGGGGUGGCCCAGGGCUUUCUCCAUCCACUCAUUUCUCCACCCCGGAAGGCAGGGCUGGGAGUCUGUCCCACAGAUGUCGGGGUCCCAUCCCCCACAUCCAGGACAUAGCAGGGACCCCAAGAGAAUUCUGUCUGGACGUGGCUUCUGAGUGGCCCUCCGCGAAGCCGCUUGCUCCCUGCGGCACCUGGAGAGCCCUGGCCAGGUCCCUCCCGACUGGACGGCACCGGAGGACCACACUGCAUACAACAAAUGCCAUUAUUUAUUUUGAUGUGUUUCCAAAAAUUAAAACGUUUCAAACACAACUAAGAUAUAAAAUACAGCAUAAAAUGAGACUUAUACCUGUUUCCCACAUAAAGCAAAAAUUUAUUCAGAAGUUGUUUUGCCAAAACCAACUGGUAGAUUGGAUGUUCCGCUCCUCCUCACAAGGGCGUCUCCCCGGCCCAGGCACUAGCCCACUGGGGGCGAGAGGGUUCCGGGCGGCAGCAACGGCCUCCGGCAUCGAGGACGACCGGGCACGACCAUGCCACUCGGCCUCCUGGGCUCAGUCGUAGUUACCACAAAUCAACAAGGUCUCCCAAGCACAGGGCCAAGCACCCGUACCCUGCCAGAAACCGUGCCCCAGGGAGACCAGCUUGGCCAAUGGUGCCACUGGACGGGGCUGUCGUGCUGUGUUAACAGGGAAGAGGGUGUCGACCAAGAGACCACCGGCUAAAGUUGAGUCAAGAAACCACCCUCCUACAUGUAGCGAGUGACCGGGAAUAGAAACGCCCUCUGUCCUUCAGCCAUUGCUUUAUCUCAGUAACACUCCGGAUGUGGCUGGGACACAGGUCGGGUGGCGAAAAGUGCUCCAUCACCCCUGGGGUUAGGUGGGUCCAGCAGCAGAGCCAAGUACAGGUCUCAGAGAUUUGCUGGACAAAAGGUGGCCUCACCGUACCCGUGAAGUCAACUGGGGACAUGAGGUCUCCACACCUCACCCUGGCUCCGGUCUGGAAGGUGAGCAUGGAGCCUGGCUCAGGACGGGGUGGCACUCAGGCCUGCACACCUAGCUGACAACCAGAGGAAAGACAAGCCCCGAGGCCUGGUUGACCGGCCUCUGGGCCCUCGUUCCGCGUCUGGUCAGGCUGGCCAAGUCAGCCUGCCCCCGAAGGACCAGGGAGAAGACAACAGGGGCACAGACAAGUGCCGACUCCCCUGGUGGCCUCCACUACACGAGGACGAGUGGAGAACUAACGGGCACUCACCCCCCAAGAAGAGAAACGCAGUGUAAGGCAAUGUUAGAAAACUUGAAAUACAGGAGUCAGAUCCAACCGGUAAGGCAUCACAAAUCGUAAAAAGGAAUCUGGGCUGCAUUCAGCAUAGCAAAUAGACGAUCUGAGCAAGCAACAGCCUCAUGAAAAGGUAAGUCGUGGCUGCACAGCCUGGGAGAAUCCCCAAUCCAAAGAAACACCGGGCGGGCAUCGGCCAGGGCCAGGGCCAGCUCUGCCCGUGGCUUCCGCAGGCUG